AUGUCUAUUGUUGAUUGUUCGAAAGGUGGAUGUGAAUGUGGGAGAAAAGAAGUUUUGAUAGAGGUGGUAAUGGUGAUGUUCACAGGACAUGAUGAAACUAAUUUCCUGAAUGACACGCCAAAGGUUUCAUUUCUAACAUAUCUUAACUUCUGUACCAUACAAUUCAGAACUCUGUGGAUGAGUGGAGAUGUCGUUCAAAAAAGAAUAAAAGCAAAGAUAGGUGAAGGAAAAGGAAACGAAAUUGAUAAGAAUGAGAAUAUAUAA